AUGAAACUCAAGUACCAAGGAAAUGCUAGAGUGAAGCGAGCCCAGCUACGACUUCACAGAACAUUCGAAACUUUAAAGAUGAAAGCAAGAGUAGGUGUUUCUGAGUAUUUUUCAAGAGUUAUGUCUACUGCUAAUGACAUGAGGAAUUGCGGAGAAGAUAUGCCGGAUGUCAAAAUUGCAUCUUUGCUUGUAGAUGAACAAAAGGUGAUUGAUAAGAGGAGUGAAGAGCAGGUUCUGCAGGUGGAGAAUGUACCCAGGUAUGGACAAGGAAGAGGCAAAGGGACAUUGCAGAGAGGAAGAGGUUACACUAGAGGAUGGGGAAGAGGUAGAUCUUUUGUGAACCGGUCGGCCAUCAACUGUUUUCGAUGUGGAAAGCAAGGACAUUAUCAAUUUGAAUGUCCGGACUUAAAAAAAGAAGCUGUCAAUUAUGCUGAAUUUGACAAGGAGGAAGAAUUGCUAUUGAUGGCGUACACAGAGAAAAGUAAAGUUGAAAAAGAAGGCAUUUGGUUUCUCGAUUCCGGGUGCUCAAAUCAUAUGACAGGGGACAAAACAUGGUUCGUUGAGCUUGACGAAAGUUUCAAACACACUGUCAGAGUGGGAAAUAGCUCAAAAUUGACAGUUGAAGGAAGAGGCAGUGUCAGAUUCGAAGUUGAAGGGCAACUACAGGAUAAGCACUUGGUGAUCUUUAUCAAAGAAGGAACCUGCAAAAUCUAUCAUCAACAAAGGGGCCUGAUAAUGAACACACAAAUGAUGGCGAAUCGCAUGUUCUCAGUUCAUGCAAAGAUGAAGUCAUUGGUUGACAAAUGUUUGAAAAUAGAAGAUGAAGACUUGGAGGUUCAAAAUGUGGCGAUGGAGGUAGCAAAAGUAGAGGAGAUAAAAGAGAAGGAGGUCACAUGUGACAGCAAAAAGAAGUUAGAAAAAGAAGUUAGAAGAAGAUGCAGCUAG